GCCAGGCGGAAGCGUAAGCCUCCCUCCGCUCCGCUCCGCCCCGCCCCGGCCGAGUAGCCCCGCCCCCUCGCCGCCCCGCCUCUCCCGGCGCACCGGGCAAUCCUGGCUCUGGGCGCCCCGCGGUCUGCGUCGGGAGCAGGAAGCAUGCGCGGCGGCUGGGAGCUGGGCGCCGCGGCUGGAGGCCCGCUGCUGCUGUGCGCCGCGCUGCUGGCCGUGGGCUGCGCACUGGGCCUGCGCCUGGGCCGCGGGCUGGGGGCUGCGGACCGCGGGGCGCUAGCCUGGCUCUGCUUCGACGCCCUGGUGCACUUCGCACUGGAAGGCCCUUUUGUCUACUUGUCUUUGGUAGGAAACAUCACAGAUUCUGAUGCCUUGAUCGCUUCAUUGUGGAAAGAAUAUGGCAAAGCUGACGCAAGAUGGCUUUAUUUGGAUCCAACCAUUGUGUCUUUGGAAAUUCUGACUGUCGUUCUGGGUGGGUUUCUGGCAUUGGUUCUCAUUUAUGCCAUCGUCAAAGAGAAACAUUAUCGGCAUUUCAUACAGAUCACCCUGUGCGUGUGUGAAUUGUAUGGCGGGUGGAUGACCUUCUGCCCAGACUGGCUUAUGGGAAGCCCCAACCUCAACACCAACAAUUGGCUCUACUUUUGGGUCUAUCUGGUAUUUUUCAAUGGUGUUUGGGUUCUGAUCCCAGGACUGUUACUGUGGCAGUCAUGGGUAGAACUCAAGAAAAUGCAUCACAAAGGAUUCAAUUCAGGCAAAAAGUUACAGUGAAUUUUCAAAAUCAUAAACACCAUCAGCGUGCUUUAUGAGCCAGAAUGAAUCAAACCUCUUUGUUGGGCCAAAAUGUAAUACAUUCCAGUCUAUACUUUU